AUGCGUAUAAUUUCAGACAGAUAUCAGAGCAUUAAAAAUGCAAUAGAGAGUGUUUUUGCUGGAGAAGUUCAACAUGAUAUUUGCAUAUAUCAUUUACUAAGUAACAUGAAAAGCAAAUUCAAAAGGAAUCAGAAGACAAUUAAAGAUCUGUUCAAAGCAGCAACAAGAGCUUAUACAAAGGAAGAAUUUAAUACUCAUAUGACAGAGCUUAACAAUAUAAAUCCAGUAGUUAUAUCUUAUCUCAAGGAAGCAGGAUUCAAAAGGUGGGCAGUUUCACAUUCUGUGAAAAAAAGAUAUAACAUAAUGACUUCAAAUACGGCUGAGUCAUUUAAUACAGCAGUAAAUAGGACAAGAGAAUUACCAGUUACCAUGCUUAUGGAAUACUUGAGAAGCUUGGUACAAAGAUGGAGCUACAAAAACAGAAUUCUUGCUAGAGGAACUUUCACAAUAUUGACUACCAAAUAUGAUUCUCUGCUAAGGGAAAAUUAUAUUGAUUCCCUCAAAAUCGAGGUUCAUCCAUCUGAUGAUGACAUAUUCACUGUUACUGAAAGUGGUAAACCCUCCACUGUUAACAUCAAGGAAAAAUCUUGCACAUGCAACAGAUAUCAAGAAGAAAUGACUCCAUAUAAACAUGCUGCUGUUGUAUUCAAUUACAAACAUCAAGACCUAACUGAAUAUUGCUCAAAGUAUUUCACAAAUGAAGAAAUGCUUGCUACAUAUGCAGAAACUGUAUAUCCGAUUCCUAAAGAAGAAACAUGGGAAGUCACUGCAGAGGUUGAAGAUGUCAUUGUCUUACCUCCUAUAGGAAGAAUUAAACCUGGAAGACCAAAAAAUAGAAGAAUAAAAGGUGCAACUGAACAAAAGAAUCAAAAUAAGUGCAGCAGAUGUGAAAAAUAUGGACAUAAUCGUAAGACUUCUAGAAAUAUUCCAAAAAAAGGCUAG